GCUUCACCGAAAUUAGCCCCUAUUCUCGUUCUCUCGUCAUCAAUCUUUUGCCCCUUCACCAAGGUAAAGACAUCUCCAGGGAAAUUGUUUGUCCGAGUGGUUAUAGAGACUCCCUUUGAAGAACUCCGCCAUUUGAUUAUGUCGACCGAGCAGGAUGUGACGGAGAACGCACCAAUGGUAGUCGACUAUGCUGCCAUUGUUGCUGCGUGGUCCCCAGAAGAGAGGGCCGAACGAGAGAGGAAGUUGGUACGGAAGAUCGAUUGGAGGCUCUUACCUAUCCUAAUUGUCAUGUACAUCUUGAACUAUGUCGACCGGAAUGCUGUUCCGCAUGCUCGAGUUCAGGGCCUAGAGAAGGACCUCGGAAUGUCGGGUUACAAGUAUAAUAUUGUCCUUUCGGUUACUUUCAUUGGAUAUAUCGCCAUGCAAGUGCCCAGCAACAUGAUUCUUACCAAGGUCCGCCCUAGCUGGUAUCUUUCUGGAUGCAUGGCUACGUGGGGCAUAGUCAGCGGUCUUUCUGGCGCAGUCCACAGCUUUGCUGGGCUGGCGGUCAAUCGGUUCUUUUUAGGCAUCACCGAGGCGCCCUUCUUUGUCGGUUGCGCUUUCUUGUUUAGUGGCUGGUACACCCGAAAGGAACUCGGUCUACGUCUUGGUAUAUUCUUUUGCGCUGCCAUGGUGUCGGGUGCCUUUGGUGGACUCUUUGCCGCAGGCAUAGCGGCUGCGUUCUCGAAUAACUCCCUCGAGUCUUGGAGAUGGCUCUUCAUCAUCGAGGGUAUCGCAACAGUCGUAUUCGCCACGGCCACCGCGUUUACUAUACCCGACUGGCCCACGACUACGAAAUGGCUGACGCCUGAAGAGAAAGCUAUCGGUGUCUUGCGUAUCAUCGAAGACGCUGGAAAGGAGGAAGAACAGAUUAGCACUUGCGCCGCUUUCAAGCUUGCGGCUAGAGAUUACCACAUUUGGCUAUGCGUAAUCGGCCAAAUGUGUUUGCAGGCUGUUGCUUCUUUGACCAACUUCCUGCCCACCCUUGUCCAGAGCUUCGGGUAUGGAACUAUUGAGACACUGCUGCUGACUUCGCCGCCGUACAUCUUCACUGCCUUGUUCUGCCUCCUUAACACUUGGUACUCGGAUCGUACGUCAAAGCGGUCGAUACACAUCAUCUACCCGGCUGCAGCCGCUCUAGCUGGAACCAUCAUCACGAUUGCAACUACAAAUACUGGGGCACGGUAUUUUGCCUUGUUCCUCAUGUUGCCUGGGACUUAUGGCUGCUUCCAGAUCUCCAACGCCUGGAUGGCGAAUAUUGCUGCUCGACCGCAAAAGAAGCGAGCCAUUGCCUUGGCUGCGAAUAAUUCAAUCGGAAACCUCGCACUGGUUUGGACUCCGUAUCUAUACCCAAAGAGCGCCGGCCCCCGUUAUACGGUAGCUUGGUCGGUGAAUCUCGCCCUUCUCGUCAUUGCAAUCACAAGUACUGCGAACCAGCAUAUCGACAAUCUGCGAAACUUUACCGCUCUUGAGCAAGGCGUGGUAGAUGGAAAGUACAGCAGUACUCACCAUGGCAUGGAUGUAAUAUGA